UUGGGGAGCACGAAGCGGCAACCGAUUCUUUAGCAAACAGGGGAAUCAGCCUUCCGAUUGUCGUCAGUCGACGAUAACUUAUACACGCAAUAGUAUUAUGCAAUACGUGCCGACUAUUUAUACGGUGAGGGUCGAGCGCUUUUAACAACUCACGCAUUAUUUAUUUUGUGUCUUGCAAUAAGAUCGACACAAAGGUUUAUACAUGAGUCAGCUAUUCAGUCGUAUUGUUUCUGCCGACAAACGAGCAUCAGCGUUCCGGCAUUUUGCACGAGACUUUCACGUAUCAUCGCGAAACAUGGUUAUCGCUGUUGGAGAUAGGCUUCCCGAUGUGGGUCUUUAUGAGAACACCCCAGCAAAUAAGGUAAACCUAGCAAAGGAAGCUGCGGGGAAAAAAAUCGUCGUGUUUGCUGUACCAGGUGCAUUCACACCGGGUUGCUCAAAAACUCAUCUUCCUGGAUACAUUGGAAAAGCAGCUGAACUAAAAUUUAAAGGAAUCUCAGAGAUUUUCUGCAUCAGUGUCAAUGAUCCAUUUGUCAUGGAAGCUUGGGGAAAAGAACAUGGUGCAAAUAACAAGGUACGCAUGCUAGCCGACCCUAAGGCGGAAUUUACAGACGCUGUGGAUCUCAGCGUGGAUCUGCCACCUCUGGGAGGUAAACGCAGCAAGCGUUAUUCUAUGAUCGUCGAAGAUGGCAUUGUCAAGGAGCUCAAUGUAGAGCCAGACAACACUGGUCUGUCUUGCUCCCUGGCAGACCACAUCAAAAUAUAAGGCAUGAUACCUUAAUGCACCUUUUCUUCUACUUUUCUUUCCUAUCAACGUGUUUAAACUAUCAAUAUAAAAUUCCGACUUUUUGGGUCUAGCAAUUACACAUGUGUAAUAACAGGACUAUUGUGAUACAUUUCCAGUAAACAUCUAUAUGUGAUACGAUAGGACUUGUAUUCCCACGUUUUUUUAGUUUUGUAAAAAAAUUUUCAGUUAGACCUGGAGGAAUAUGAUUUGCGAUAAUUAUACUUGCAAAAGUACAUAUGCUUCGAAGUUGAAUAAAUCUAGAUAAAUAAAAACAGCCGACCAGUUCCACACAUA